AAACCCCAAGUCAUUUCUGCGCUCAGAACUGCUCCCAAGCGCGGUUAGCGGCAACUUCGCGACGUGCCAACCAUGGGGCUGCACAUGCCAUCGCACGCCCUCACUGCGCGCCUCCCGGUAUUUACGGACGCGUGUCUGUUCGGUCUAAGAGUGACCUUUAUAUCCCCUUUGCGCACUGCUGCGCGCCCUCUGACGCUUGCCGCUCCGCCUUGCGCGCAAUCCUCCUGUGCGCCGAGCGUGCGACCUCAUGCACACGCGGGCACGGCGCAGGCGGAUGCUGGGCGAGCGGAGUCGGCGACAGGCGCCGUGCGCGCGGCGGGAGGCGACAGUGAUGGUGCGGUAGGGAGAGGCGCGAGAGAAGCGCCGGCGCGGGAAAGAGAAGCGCCGGCGGAAUCCGAGCGGAGGUCGGAGUCACGCGGCGAGGGCUUCGCGUCGUUGGGGCUGCCGGCGGCGCUGUCGUCGCGCGUGGCGGCGCUGGGGCUGCGCGACCCCACCGACAUCCAACGCCAAGCCGUGCCCGCCCUCUUGCAAGGCGCGGACGGCGUGCUGCAGUCGUACACGGGGUCGGGCAAGACGCUCGCGUACCUGCUGCCCAUCCUCGCCGCCGUGGGGCCGCUCAGCGCGCCCUCUGAUGGGGGCCAGGAGGGCGCGGGCAAGGGAAAGGGGAGCAAGAAGGGCAGCGCGGGGGUAGGGGGAGGGGGAGGGGGAGGGGGAGUGGAGGCGGUGGUGGUGGCGCCGUCACGGGAGCUGGCAAUGCAGAUAGUGCGCGAGGCGGAGCGAGUGCUGGGGGAGGAGCACAAGCGCUGUGUGCAGCAGCUGAUCGGCGGGGCGAACCCGCACCGGCAGGAGGAGGCGCUGAAGAAGCACCGGCCGCUUAUCGUGGUGGGCACGCCCGGCCGCAUCGCCGAGAGCAGCCGCGCGGGGCGGCUGGCAACGCACGGGUGCCGGUUCCUGGUGCUGGACGAGGCGGACAUGCUGCUGAGCCACCGCUUCCGCAUGGACAUGCUACGCAUCCUCGACCACGUGGGCACACGCAAAUACCUUCACCCACCUGCGCCCACCAGCACCAGCACCAGCAGUGCACAGCCGUCAUCAGCGGGUGCCACCAGGGCGCGGGCGGAGCGGCAGCUGGUGAUGGUGUCGGCCACAGUGCCGCGGCCCGUGCUGGAGGCGGCGUGCAAGUGGGGCGUGGACCCCCUGCUCCUGCAGCAAGACGCCGUGCGCCCCAUCGACGGCCGAACUACCGCCGCCGCCGCUGCUGCUGCUGCAAGUGGCAGCUCGCCUGCCACUGGCCUGCUUCCGGUUCCUUCACACGGGGCGCUCGUGAUUCCGCCGCAGGCAGCAGGGGUGGCAGGAGGGCUGCUGUCGUCGCUGGGGCGGGGUGGUGUGGAGGCGCCGGUUGUGGCGCUGGGAGACAGCCUGCCGCCCAACCUGGAGCACUGCUACAUAGUGGUGAACAGCCGGCACCGCGUGGACGUGGUGCGGCGCUGUGUGCGUGCACUGGCGGCGCGCUCCGCCAUCGUCUUCAUGAACUUCGCCCGCCGCCUCUCCGACGUGCAGCACAAGCUGGAGGCCAGGGGGCUGUCCGCCGCCGCGCUACACGGCAACAUCUCCAAGCUCGCCCGCACCAACAUCAUGGCCUCCUUCAGGGAGGGCGGGGUGCGCGUGCUGCUGGCGACGGAGGUGGGGGCGCGCGGGCUGGACGUGGUGGAGUGCGAUCUGGUGGUCAACCUCGAGCUGCCCGCCUCGCCCGCGCACUACGCGCACCGCGCCGGCCGCACAGGGCGCCUGGGGCGGCGCGGCGUGGUGGUGUCGGUGUGUGAGGAGCGCGAGGAGUUUGUGGUGCUGCGUGUGGCGCGCGAGCUAGGUGUGCAGAUGGCGCGCGUGGAGCUGGUGGAGGGCGCCAUUGUACCGUACGAGGGCCGCAUGAAGUACUGACGGCUCGCGGCCGACCGUCACACCUGGGGGGAAGUUAUUUUGCCUCUUGCCGCCACAGCUUUAGUAGAUGCAAGCACUGCAAUAUGUUGAGAUGAACUUUCUGUCAACAAAUAUAAUUGUCUAUGCUAGGUACAGUAUAUUUGUUAUAGCCUUAGUUAGGUCAGUUCUUAGAGGGUACAUUCCCACCUUUGUAACCCUUAGCCUUCCUCCCUUAGUCCAAUUUUCUCUGGACAUUCUUGUUGGGCUGAGAAAAAGCCCUUAGGAUCUUUCCAGAGACUAAGUCCCAGUUGUAAAAGGA